AUGAGCCAUCCACAAUCUCAUCGCUACUUUUCGGUAAACGCACCAGCUGGUGGUGAAAGGCACCUUGCUCUCGACGAAAAGGGCGUUUUGUGCUUGACGGUUGUGGAUCCCGCCACCCGCAAAUUACUGAUCCCACUCAGUUGCGUGUACCCCACCCAGGCGCAACAACGCACGACAAUCCCGAGCCUUUGCCAGUUGUUUUUAAAUGGACGCUGCCGGCAGGGUACACAGUGCCAUCAGGUGCAUGCUGCGCUGGACGUUGUGGCUGCGCUUCGAAGUCAAGUGGACUAUCUACCCAUAUGCUGUGCGCUGCAUGGGGACCGUGAUUACGUCAAUGCCCUGGAUAACCGAUCAUGGAUGUCGCGCGUUGUGGUUCACGUCCCGGAUGCGACCUACGGAGGCGGCUACAUUCCACUCGCCCGUUUCAGUUACACCACUCCCAUUUCCAGGAUAUUGAGGGAAGUCAACGCUCGCCUCGAGAGUGGCGUCAGUGUUGCGGCAGUUGAUGGUGGGGGACAUCCAAAGCGGAUGGUCUUAAACGCAUGUGACUUUAAAAUAUGUGGCCUUCACACGCUGGACCGCUGCCGAUACGCGGAGGAGUGCAUCUUCCUUCAUAUCUGCAAAGAAAUUGUUGUCGAUGUCAAUAAUGGCAGCGGUGAUUACUCGCUCACGUCACAGGCGCGUGAUGGGGGAGAACCCGGCCCACGAGGAGCAAAGAAGGGUUCUGUAUUCGUUUCGGUCUCCCGUCAACAACGUGUACGUGGAAGGCCCCUUUCAUACCCCACGGUUGAAUACCAGACGCCAUUCCCCCUUCGAUCGUACGAGGGCUCAAUGAGUUAUAACGCCGUGUCGGAUAUUAACAGCGACUGCUCUUGGGUUUCUGGGCGGUACCCCACCGGUGCCUACAUGGAAAGUCGCAUGGAUGCUGCACCAUUGCCGUCCCUCGCCCCCCGAUUUGUCCAAGGGCACCCCGGAGUUCCGCGUUGCUAUUCUUCCACAACAACCUCAACAACAACAACAGCAGCAGCAAGGGAGGAUGCAGCAAUGUAUGGGGCCGGAGGCUGCUGGGAUCGCUGGAGCUCACCUGAGUCUGGGUGCGCACCAUGCGCAUUCGUUGGGUCGUGCAGCGACUGCCAUUACGCCGACAACAACAAUUAUUCCGGUUGCAACGGUUACGCGUACGGCAGCCGGAACGGUUACGGUAGUGACGGACCUAAUUGUUAUUUCUGUCCCGGAGAUGAGUGCUCCUCCACUCACCUUUGCCCCAAUGGGACUUCGUCAUCAGUUCCACAGCCGGUCGAGUCGGUGUCUUCAGCGUCUGUCUCUGCACGCGCCUGGCAACACAAUCCAUACGGUGUGACUCCAACGGGAGGAAUCAGCGAUUGA